GUUAGCCUCGACGCCGACAGCGCGAUUGGACAAAAACGACGUUGAAACUCAAGGGCCCAUAGAUAGGACAGUGUUAGAUUUCUGGGAGCGAAGCGUCAACUUGCGGCUCCGCAGCGUAUAGUAGCUGACAAAAGCCAAGCAGGAUUUCGCAGGGUAACGACGAGUGCGAUGACGCUGUGUGCCAAGUGCUAAAGUGGUCGUGAGUUGGAAAUUGCAACAAAAAAACAAGAAACGAACAGUAAUACUGUGUAUAGCACGAACAAUCGGAAAAAUAGGACUCAACAAAAACGAAGCGGUUCUGUUACUGUGUGCCUUCACCGUGGUGGACUCGACUCGAGCUCAGUCUCGAGGCGAGACCCAGCCAUCUGUCGAAGUGCAUAAGAGUGGGGCGUUAGAACGGCGGCGUACAGCCGUCGAACUGAACAUUUCCUCGCAAACCGAAGCCGGUGCUGCGGCGCCAAGAAAGGCUAGUUUGCCAGCGAUAUUUCGAAAGAUGCCGGUUCGGGCCGAUAGUAUACUGUCGACGAUUACGGAGGCGUCCUCGUCGGGACCAUGUGUCAAAGAUCACUACAAACUGAUCGUGAUGGGCGCUUCACGGGUUGGCAAAUCGGCCAUAAUUCAACAGUUUCUCUAUAAUCGUUACCCUCAAAAAUAUGUGCCUACUGUAGAAGAGUUCCACUCUGGAGAGUUUGAUUUUAAUGGUGCUUCGAUUACUCUGGACAUAAUCGAUACAUCAGGAUCGUACGAGUUCCCAGCGAUGAGGCGUCUUUCGAUUGAAACAGGAGAUGCAUUCCUGCUUGUCUUCUCCGUGGAUGACGCGGCCUCGUUCGAACAAGUCGUCCAACUCCGGGACGAAAUCCUUGUGCACAACAGCCGCCAGCGUGAACGGCGGUCGAUUAUCGUUGUGGGAAACAAAACCGAUUUACCCCCCGAGCGGUGGCGGGUCAAGCGUGAGAUCGCCGAAGCUCUCGUAGCAAUCGACUGGGAGUUGGGUUAUAUCGAAUGCUCGGUAAAAGGCAAUCGUGGUAUAAUUGAGAUUUUCCGUCGUCUAAUGCGGCAAUGCGAGAUUCCGUACGAGCUCAAUGAGCGAAUCGUUGACAAGCAGCGCCGCAAGUCAUUACCCGUCUAUAACACACAGCCGUCGAUAAGGGACAAAGCAUUAUUGAAACGGAAUUCAUGCAACGUUUCGUAACCCUAAUGCCGUGGCAUGCUUUUUGCAUCGUGUAUCACCUACAGCUGCAGUAUAAAAAAAAGGCCCAAUAUAGGAGACCUUAGAUCGGUAACGCAUAGCAAUCUGCGAGAGAGAGCGCUAGGGAGAUGCCUCGAAACGUAGAAACACAGUCUUGAUAAAGAUUAUUAUUAGAUAUAAUAAUAAUAGAACGAACAAGCAAGUGGCAUUUGAUUAUUAACCCAACCAAUAUGUUUACGUAAUAUAUUAAUAAUUAGAACAUUGAUACUUGAAUAUCCGAUAGAAACACCCGACAUUUUGAGAACGCGAUCAAAUUAGCUGUCAUUCAUAGGCUUAUACAUCGAUCUCGAGGUUCGUAUUCGUCGUUUCGCCCAGUUAACCUGCGCCCCCUUGUGUAAAAUUGCUUAGCUUAAGUUACGCUCAACGUUCCUAUUACCUUGAUAUGUACGCGAACGUUUUUUAACGCGGAACCUGAGUCUGCGUCUGUUGUUCAAUUUCAAUUACUACCACCAAUGUUAUUAACCGUGAUCAAUGAGUCUCCACGUGCACAACUUUUAUCAGUAUUUAUACCGAGUGGAAAUAUCAGUCGUAGGCUCGAAACGAGAUGAUCAGUGUAUCUAAAGUUGGCAACUUAACUUCUCCCAAAAAGCAAGUUAUUUACAACAAAUGACGGUCGUCGUGCUCGUGCUCGUGCUCGUGCUUGUGCUUGUGCACGUAUGAACAUAUACAACGUUACCUAAACAAGCCUAGCCGAGGGGUAGCUGUACAGAGCCAGAAACAAUUGUCCAAAAUGAAAACGGUCCGCUUCUCAUUACGUUUUCAUACCAGACGAGCAUUAUACACUGCCUAUUCAUGAGUGUGGUAUACCAGAGUCGAAAACAUUUCUAAGCCGAAACAACAAAAACAGACAGUCCGCAGUUCGUCUGCGCUUUGUCCUAGCGUAGGUAAACAUGAGUAUUUGUAGGACGUAAGGACAUUAGUAUCGAUGAGAUGUUAUGUGCAUGCGUGAACCAACGUGUUCAAUAAACCAAAGCGCAGCGCAUAGAUAUUAUAGUGAUUGUGAGAGUUUACGAUAUGCUGCGCGUUACCAUUGAUUACUGCUAAUUGCAAACUGGCCAAACGUUACACCUCAACUAACAAAUAAUGUUCUUCCAAAAACAAACAAAAAAAAAAAAUGGAAAAUGCCAGACCGCUAUGAUGGUUCAUCUGGUGUGCACUAAUAAUGAUGUUGUGACCUUCGGCAUAAUUUUGUGCAUUCACUUACUACGAAGACGCUAUCAAUUGCAAAGAAAAAACGCGAACUUGAAAAGAGGAAAAUAUAGAGCUAACACACCAUUCACUGAAGCUCCGUAUAAUUAGCCC